AUGUUUCUUCAUACCUUCGCUUGGGCCACUUUUCUCUUUUUGUCGAGUUGCAGGGCACUCAGAUAUGAUCCAGCUUUCGUUCAAUAUAAUCUUAACCAGAACCAAACAGCAGAGAAUCCGCUCGACUACUGGGGGGAAUGGACAGACCAUCAGUACCACCCCUCGCCAUCGAAUUGGCGGUUUCCCUUCUAUACCCUCUUUCUCGACAGAUUCGUCAAUGGCGACCCAAGCAACGAUAAUAUCAACGGAACAGCAUAUGAACACGACCCGAACUCCAACCAGAUGCGCCAUGGAGGCGAUCUCCAAGGCCUGGUUGACACGCUGGACUACCUCCAUGGCAUGGGAGUCAAGGGAUUGUAUAUUGCCGGCUCUCCCUUCAUAAACACACCCUGGGGUUACGAUCAAUACUCCCCGCUCGACCUCUCCGUCCUGGACCAACAUUUCGGCACUAUCGACAUGUGGCGGGCUGCUAUACAAGAGAUCCACGCUCGCGGUAUGUACGUCAUCCUGGACAAUACAUUCGCUACGCUGGGGGACCUCAUCGGAUUUGAGGGCUACCUCAAUACCACGACACCUUUCACGCUCGAGGAGCAUCAAGUGCAGUGGAAAUCAGACCGCCAGUAUCAUGAUUUCCACUUCGGAAAUAAUUACAAUAAGACAUGCCAAUAUCCAAAAUUCUGGCUGGAGACGGGAUUCCCUGUUGGUGAAGACGUGACAAGCCAAAUGAUCGGCUGCUAUGACAGCGAGUUUGACCAAUAUGGCGACACCGAGGCCUUUGGUGUCUUCCCCGACUGGCGUCGUGAACUGUCAAAAUUCGCUUCCGUCCAAGAUCGUCUGCGUGAGUGGCACGAGCCUGUCCGCCAGAAGCUCGAGAACUUCUAUUGUAUGAUGAUUGCGCAGCUUGACAUUGACGGAUACCGAUAUGAUAAGGCCACACAGUCCACGGUUGACGCCAUGGGCUCUAUGAAUGAUGCCAUGCGCCGGUGCGCGCGACGGUUCGGCAAAGAGAAUUUCUUCACCCCUGGUGAGAUUACCGGCGGAAACGUCUUCGGGUCGAUCUUCCUGGGCCGUGGGAGACAGCCUGACAUGAUCCCCGAGAACUUGACCAUGGCGGCUACAAUGACCAACAACUCUGCAGACAAAUAUUUUUUGAGAGACCCCGAACACGGUGCCCUCGAUGCUGCCGCCUUCCAUUACACAGUCUAUCGCACUCUGACACGAUUCUUGGGCAUGGACGGUAACCUGGAGGCUGGUUAUGAUGCUCCCCGUAACUUCGUGGACAUGUGGAAUACCUUUCUGCUCACGAAUGACUUUGUCAACCCGAAUACUGGGAAGGUUGACCCCCGGCACAUGUACGGAGUUACAAAUCAGGAUGUCUUUCGAUGGCCAGCAAUCACCGACGGGAUCCAUCGCCAGCUGUUGGGCCAUUUCAUCACCACGAUCCACAUGCCCGGUGCUCCGCUGCUGCUAUGGGGCGAAGAGCAGGCAUUCUAUGUACUCGAUAAUACGGCGUCAAAUUACAUCUUCGGUCGGCAAGCAAUGUCUUCAGCAACUGCCUGGCAGACUCAUGGUUGCUACAGUCUCGAUUCGACGCAAUUCUUCAGAAUGCCCCUGAACGCAUCGCGUCAUGGCUGCCAGGAUGAGACAGUUAGCUACGAUCACAGAGACCCGUCGCACCCUGUACGCAACAUAAUUCACCACAUGAAUCAACUACGAGAACAAUUCCCGGUUCUGCAGGAUGGGUUUUUCCUGCAACAGUUGUCCAACCAGACCCAACAAAUCCAGUACCCUGGUUCCGGUAAUGUGACAACCGAGACCGGCAUGUGGUCAGUGAUGCGUUCCGCGUUUCCUGGAAUACAAGAUCUUGGUGACACUGGCGCCGGCAACCUCCCCGUCUGGCUACUCUACUCGAAUGCGAACGCAUCGACCACGUAUACAUUCGACUGCAACAACAAUGAUACAGAUCUGAAUACUACCAGUUUGAUCGCUCCAUACGAUGCCGGCACGAUCGUCAAAAAUCUGUUCUAUCCUUACGAUGAGCAGACCCUUGCGGGCAGCGUUCAUCACUUGGGAAUCAACGGCUCAACCAAUCCGAACGGCUGUCUGAGUAGCCUACAGAUGGCCGCUUACGACUUUAGAGCCUACGUUCCGGUGGAUCAAUGGGUAGGCCCGAAACCGAUGAUCACGAAGUUUGUCCCUGGCCACGACGUGCGCAUCGAGUCUAAGGUUGGCGCAAAUGGCACCGAGUCCGUCAACAUCGAGCUUCAUUUCUCGGUGGAAAUGGACUGCGAAAGCGUGACCAACGGCAUCACGUUCAAUUCCACCACUGAACUGGGAACAACUCCCACCAUCGACCAAGACAGUGUUCAAUGUACCAAUCUUGCAGAACCUCAAGCUCCUCCAUAUGUCGGCGCAAUUGCAUCAACCUGGUCCUGGUCUGCCACCCUGAACAAUGUGGCUAAUGGCGUCCACGCAAUUUCUGUCCGAAAUGUUUCGUCUCAGGCAGGAGAGCCUACGGACGCUGUUGAUCGUUUCUUGUUCCGUAUCGGACAGAGAGAUAAUCCAAUCGUGUUCACCAGGACAGCAAACUACUCGUCCAGUCUUCUCAGCAAGAGCGAGAACGGCUCCCUGAUCAUUUCGCAUACGGCAGCUGGGGCAGACAAAUGGCGAUACUCAACAAACUGGGGUUCGUCUUUCUCAGACUGGAUGCCUUACACGGGAGGGAAAACCCAGAUCGAAAAGCAGGCGUGGACUGGAACCAAAUUACAGUCCUGGAAAGGUACGCAUGUCCGUGUGGAGUAUUUCAGUCGUCUUGCCGGCAGUAGCGACCACAUCCAACAGGGCGAUGUCGGCUUCAGCACUCCCCGGAGGUUUCCUCAUCUUUUCUUGAAUGGGCCGUACAACCAAUAUGGAUUUGACGCUGGUCUCGAAAACGAAAUGAAGCUCGAGGGCAAUUCAACAUGGACCCAUCAUUUCAUGACUGAAUGGAGUCUGAAGGGUGCGCUUGCCCAAAUCAAUGUCUGGGGUCUCAACCCAGAUGGAAAACCUGAUCAGACAAUUGUAAUGGGAGAUGCCGACGGAGACUCGGUGCUUGAUCGUCUACCUCCCUCAUCGCUCGCUGCGGUUGUUCUAAACAUCACUCAGCCACCUCCAAAGCCACAUCUCGGAUGGAGAAUUGUCAUCGACGAUGGCAGUCUGCAUUUCAAAUUGCUGCCCUCCGGCAAUAUGUGGACUCAACUUAUCCUCUACGUGCUCCUCUGGGUCGUCCCAGUCAUCACCGCGGCAUUUGGCGUAUGGUCAUUUAUGCAAUCUUUUUACCAAAUCAAGUUCAACGAGGUUGGCAUAUCAGAGAAGACUGGGUUAAUUCCAACGAUCUUCAAGAGACAGUUCAAAAAACUAGUCGAUGAGGAAGCAUCCCCAGGCAUCCUGACAAAAUUCUCCCGCAAACCAAAGUUCCUACAGCCGUCGGACACUGUCAUCGACCAGCAAAAACGACGCACGGUUCUGAUCGCCACCAUGGAGUACGAUAUCGAGGAUUGGGGUAUCAAAAUCAAGAUUGGGGGCCUCGGUGUCAUGGCACAGCUGAUGGGGAAGAACCUUGGCCAUCAAGAUUUGAUCUGGGUUGUGCCCUGUGUUGGAGGUGUCGACUAUCCGGAAGGCGAGAAAGCGGACCCGAUGACAGUGACAGUCCUUGGCAAGCCAUAUGAAGUCCAGGUCCAGUAUCAUGUUCUGCGCAACAUUACCUACGUGCUGCUCGACGCACCAGUCUUCAGGCAGCAAACCAAGUCUGAGCCUUAUCCGCCCCGAAUGGACGACCUUUCUUCGGCUAUUUACUAUUCGGCGUGGAAUCAAUGCAUUGCCCAAGCCCUCAAUCGCUUUCCUGUGGACCUCUAUCACAUCAAUGAUUACCACGGCUCGGUCGCUCCACUCUACCUCCUCCCGAGGACAAUCCCUGCUUGCUUGUCCCUGCACAAUGCCGAAUUUCAGGGACUGUGGCCAAUGCGAACAAAGCAGGAACGGGACGAGGUGUGCUCUGUCUUCAAUCUGUCUUCUGAGCUGGUACAGCGGUACGUCCAAUUUGGUGAGGUCUUCAACCUUCUCCAUGCCGGAGCCUCGUAUUUGAGACUGCAUCAGCAAGGAUUCGGAGCGGUGGGCGUGUCCAAGAAAUAUGGAAAGCGGUCAUAUGCCCGAUACCCCAUAUUCUGGGGACUCAAGAAGGUCGGCAAGCUCCCCAAUCCCGAUCCUUCUGAUACUGGCGAGUGGGAUAAAAAGCUUCCCAACGAAGCUGAUAUCCAAGUUGACCCGGAGUUUGAAGCCGCGCGACCUGAAUUAAAGCGUCAAGCUCAGGAAUGGGCUGGCUUGGAGCAGAAUCCAAAUGCCGAGCUGUUCGUUUUUGUCGGACGCUGGUCGAUGCAAAAGGGUGUUGACCUAAUCGCAGACGUGUUCCCGUCAAUCUUGGAGUCGAACCCAAAUGUCCAGCUCAUCACGAUUGGGCCUGUCAUCGACCUACAUGGGAAAUUUGCGGCACUCAAAUUGGAUCGAAUGAUGAAGUUGUAUCCUGGCAGAGUCUUUUCCAAGCCUGUCUUCACAGCUCUACCUCCAUUCAUCUUCUCCGGGGCCGAAUUUGCGCUUAUUCCUUCGAGAGACGAACCCUUUGGGCUUGUCGCUGUCGAAUUCGGUCGAAAAGGUGCCUUGGGAGUAGGAGCCAGAGUUGGAGGAUUGGGUCAAAUGCCUGGUUGGUGGUACACCGUCGAGUCUACUACAACUGCGCAUCUGCUUCAUCAGUUCAAGCAAGCCAUCCACGAAGCCCUGAGCUCGAAGACGGAGAUUCGGGCCCUGAUGAGGGCUCGAUCGGCCAAGCAGAGAUUUCCAGUUGCACAAUGGGUCGAAGACCUCGAGAUUCUGCAAUCUACGGCUAUUCGUAUCCACAACAAGGUCGAAGCUACACGGCGUCACACCGCUGCAGCAGAUCUUUUAGGAUCAAGCGUAUGGAACACGCCUGGCGGAUCGGGUGCAGUCACACCGGCUGUUUUCCAGACUCCAACAUUUGGCCAUUCGCGGUUGACAAGCUACGCAGCCUUGCAUUCUCUCACUACUCGUCUCAAGAAUCUAGGCCACAGUCGAGAACAAAGCCAGGACAUCCCAUCUGAGCGUCCCACUUCCAGCCAGUCACGGGCGGCUUCAGGCCUGUCGCGCUCAGCCUCUCUUGGAUCACGUAGAGGUCCUGGUCAUGUCGACACCCAGGAUGAGCAUGAGGGAAUAGAGUCCCCUCCAACCCUUCCACCGGUACCCGAUGUUGAAGGAGACGACACUGGACUGGGAAUAGCCGGCAUUCAAAACCCUAAUGAGAAUCUGGACGAGGACGACGAAGAAGACCUGGAUAGCGAAUUCGACGACGACGAUGGAGAAGGUAUCACAAUGCCUGUUCAUACUAGCGGGCGGUAUCAGCGGCUGGCUGUGAAUGACGAUUCUCCCUACAUUCCACAAUCAAGUCAUACCCGCCGGUCAAGCAGAACUACGGGACUGGAGCUCGGGCCCCUUCCAGCAAAUUCAAGUCACAAUACUCACUCGCCUGAGCAAGGCUCACCCAGACCGGAAUCAGGGCUUCUCAUUCCACCACCCGCUUUCUCGGACCACAACCGCGUCUCGAGUACCAACUCAUUGCUCUCCAUGAACACUAUAGUCGGAGAAAAGACCGACUUCCAACUGCAGAAGGUUGAUCCAUUCUUCACGGACAGCAAUGGCGAGUUUGCAAAAGCUUUCGAAAAGAAACUCGAAGAUCUCAAGGGCAGCAAUUCGGAGUCUGCGACGUGCAUUGAAGAAUUCCUGAUCAAGUCGGAGAAGCAGUGGUUCGACACUUUCCGCAAUGUUAAACUCGGAAGGCAUACUGCUGCUCCCUCUGGUCGCACAAGCUUUCACACUAAUCGUGAGUCUCGCCCAACUUCAGCCGCCCCUUCUAUCUAUGGAGGCAACACCGACGUCGACUCUCAACCCGAUCCAAACAAUCUUGCGGAAGAGUUUUUGUUGGGAAAGGACUACAAGCCGCCCACCGGCUUGCGGAAAUGGAUGCAAUUACGUAUUGGAGAUUGGCCCGUAUAUGCCUUCUUCAUGGGCUUUGGACAAAUCAUCGCGGCCAACUCUUACCAGAUCACUCUUUUGACUGGAGAGGUUGGUCAGACUGCAGAGAAGCUCUAUGCUGUGGCCUCCAUCUAUCUCGCCACGUCGAUCUGCUGGUGGCUCCUUUUCCGGCGUUUCCAGUCCAGGCUCUGUCUGUCUUUGCCAUUCUUCUUUUACGGUCUGGCAUUCCUUCUCAUUGGAACGGCCCAUUAUGGCUCUACAAUCAGCGGCCGCGGAUGGAUCCAGAAUGUGGGAACCGGCAUGUACGCGGUGGCUUCGUCGUCGGGCUCCAUCUUCUUUGCUCUUAACUUUGGUGACGAAGGUGGUGCCCAGGUCAAAGCGUGGGUGUUCCGUGCCUGCGUGAUUCAAGGUACACAGCAAAUCUACGUCGUGGCCUUGUGGUACUGGGGUGCAUAUCUCAACCGACGGACGUCCGACGCGCUCGUCAGCACUCCCGAUCCCAUUUCCUCGACCUGGAAAAUCACAGCUAUCACGGUCCCGCUCGCCGCUCUCCUGUGGUGCAUCGGGCUGCUGAUGUGGUUCGGUCUGCCCAACUACUACCGACAAGCUCCCGGCAAAAUGCCGAGCUUCUACAGGAGCUUGCUGCGCCGCAAGAUUGUUCUCUGGUUCUUCGUCACCGUCCUCAUCCAGAACUUCUUCCUCUCCGCCCCCUAUGGCCGGAACUGGUCGUUCCUCUGGAGCAGUUCGCACGCCAAGACGUGGCAGAUUCUCCUGCUCGUCGUCCUGUUCUUCAUUGGUGUCUGGGCGGGCCUUUUGUGGUUGUUCGGUGUGCUGUCCAAGUCGCACAGCUGGAUCCUGCCGCUCUUCGCCAUCGGUCUUGGAGCCCCCCGCUGGGCCCAGAUCUGGUGGGGGACCAGCAACAUCGGCCUCUACCUGCCCUGGGCGGGUGGCUACACGGCGUCGGCCCUUAUCUCCCGCGCACUGUGGCUGUGGCUGGGCACCCUCGAUGCCAUCCAAGGCGUGGGCUUGGGCAUGAUCCUCUUGGCCACGCUGACGCGGGUGCACGUCGCGUUCACCCUCGUGACGGCACAAGUGCUUGGCUCGGUCGCGACGAUCGUCGCCCGAGCCGUCGCACCCAACAAGAUUGGACCCGGCCCGAUCAGCCCGGACGUCAGUGGCGGAGUGGGCCCCAUCUGGCAGGCUUGGUUCUGGAUCGGCUUGGUUGCCAACCUGAGCAUCUGCGUCGGAUAUUUCAAGUUCUACCGCAAGGAACAAUUGAGCAAGCCAUGA